UACCGGCAGGGGCGGAACCGGCCGGGAUCACCUGGGCCCAGGCGGAACUGAGGGGUCGGGUCACCGCACGAAGAACACCCAGACUCACCUGUGCGGGGGCCGGAGGCGGGGCCGGCCCCCACCCUCACCGAAGCCGGCGGAAACCUCGGCCGGGAGCGGCCCCCGGGCUCGCCCUGCGCGCUGGGGCGGCGCCCCCGCUGGCCACCUCCUAGCGGCACUCCGCCCGUCCGCGCGUCCGUCCCGGCGCGGCCGCCAUGACCUGGAGCGCCACGGCCCCGGGCGCCCACCAGCCCGACAACACCGCGUUCACGCAGCAGCGCCUCCCCGCCUGGCAGCCGCUGCUGUCGGCCAGCAUCGCGCUGCCGCUCUUCUUCUGCGCGGGCCUGGCUUUCAUCGGCCUGGGCCUGGGCCUCUUCUACUCCUCCAAUGGCAUCAAGGAGCUCGAGUACGACUACACGGGCAACCCGGGCACCGGCAACUGUUCGGCGUGCGCCCUGGCCGACCAGGGCCGCGCACCGCCGCUUCGCUGCUCGUGCGCCUGGUACUUCUCGCUGCCCGAGCUCUUCCCGGGCCCCGUGUACCUCUACUACGAGCUGACCAAUUUCUACCAAAAUAACCGGCGCUACGGAGUGUCCCGCGACGACUCGCAGCUGAGCGGGCUGCCCAGCGCGCUGCGCCACCCGGCCAACGAGUGCGCCCCCUACCAGCGCAGCGCCACCGGCCUGCCCAUCGCGCCCUGCGGCGCCAUCGCCAACAGCCUCUUCAACGACACCUUCUCGCUGUGGCACCAGCGCCGGCCCGGCGAGCCCUACGUCGAGGUGCCGCUCGAUCGCACCGGCAUCGCCUGGUGGACCGACUGCCACGUUAAGUUCCGCAACCCGCCGCUGGUGAACGGCAGUCUGGCGCUGGCUUUCCACGGCACCGCGCCCCCGCCCAACUGGCACAGGCCGGUCUACGAGCUGAGCCCCGACCCGAACAACACCGGCUUCAUCAACCAGGACUUCGUGGUGUGGAUGCGCACGGCGGCGCUGCCCACGUUCCGCAAGCUGUACGCGCGCAUCCGCCAGGGCAACUACUCGGCCGGGCUGCCGCGCGGCGCCUACCUCGUCAACAUCACCUAUAACUACCCGGUGCGAGCCUUCGGCGGCCACAAGCUCCUCGUCUUCAGCAACAUCUCGUGGAUGGGCGGCAAGAAUCCCUUCCUGGGCAUCGCCUACCUGGUCGUGGGCUCCCUGUGCAUCCUCAUGGGCUUUGUCAUGCUGGUGGUCUACAUUCGCUACCAGGACCAGAACGACGAGGAGGAGGACGAAGAAUGAUUCCGGCUACUUGCCAAACAAAACUGGCAAGCUUCGUAGGCUUCUCCCCCUCGAUUCCAAUCCCAAUUCCAACCUCUCCUCACUUUUCCUCCUGUUGUGAUGAGGGGACCAGAGGGAGGAAUUAUACCCACUUGCUGGGGUGUUUGGAUGGCAGGAUGAGACGAUCUUAACAAAUUCUCCCCAUCUUCACGAUUUCCCAAGUUGACCUGUUAGGUUCUUAAAGUCUUCGGCAUCUGAGCAUGGAAGCGACGGUGGAGAUUCCUUGUUCAACUUCUAUCUGAUGAGAAGAGUGAGACCUAGAGACGUUAAAUAACUUAUUCAAGGUCACGUAGCUACUCGUUGGCUCCUGACUCUGACUCUUAUCACUACAACACAGUGGUUUUCUUGCGGGGAGGGGGGCUGGAGGAGAGAGUAAAGCCCUCAAAUAACUUCCAGAGGUGUGGAGGGGUGGGAAAGAAUAUAUUUGUGAAAAAUGUAGACAGAUUAGGAAGCACUAUCCCCAGAUGCUGACACACGCAGGAGUGCACCUCCUAAAGCUGUAUUUUAACAAGCCUGUCUGGAGAUCCCUCCUGUAUUCCCUCAAAUUCUGGAAUCACUGCCCUGAACCAGGGAGCGAGUAGAAUACUGGCUGUUUCCCUGUUUUCUCAUGUGUCUGAGGUUGGGCCUGAAGCAGUCAUGUGAGCCCAGCUUUUCAGGUAGUCAUUUGUUCCCAGGGGCUGUAACAAUCAUAAUGUUGCCCU